UUUCAAACGCAUGCGUAUAUCGUGCAUCAGAUAUGCUGACUGCUGAGUUUGUGUUUUCCCACCAUUUACUUAUAUAUAUAUAUAUAUAUAUAUAGGUACUUGACAGUUAACGUUUAUCAAUUUUACAACUUUCUAUUCUUUUCCGGCAGAUAUGGUUUCUCGCUCAAACGUGUCGAAUCUAGAUGUAGGAUAAUACUUACUUUUUAAUUAAAUAAAAAAAGAGAACUUGCGAGAUUCUAGUCAAAAGUGUCAACGAGCGUGUCGUGAUAGAGCCAAGGCAUUUUGUUAUCUAUACUACUGUGAUUAAGUACUCAAGGCCAUCAAAAUGCCAGGCACAUCUUUUCCUUCCCCAUCUUCGCAGAAUUAUGAUGAUCAUUCUGAUAGUGUGAUCCGCUCUCCUCAACAGAGGAAAGAGGCUCUGCGAAAUGUUUAUAACAAUGCCCAAGCGCUUACAGGCAAUCUCAAUGUGAAUACACUAAGGAAUUUAGAAGAACUCAUCAAUGAAGUUGACAGCAUCAAUAAUGAAGGAACGCUUGAAGAUAAAAUCAAGGAUCAAGGAGUAGUUAUACUAGAUUCAGAAAUUAUGUCACUAUCAUCACAAGUCUUGAAAAAGUAUGCUUACUCGCUGUCUAAAAAUAUCAGUUGCUAUGAUGCAGAUGAAUAUGCAGAGAAAAUUAAACUUUAUGUACGUGGGUUGCCAGGUACAUUAGCUUAUGAAGGUCCAAAUUAUUCUCUUUUAACACAAGAAGUGAUGAAGUGCUUUAAAAGAACGCCUAUUUAUGCUGCAGUAUUAGGCACUCUUCGUAGGAUGCCAAAAAAGGAAAUAGUACGAAGGAAAAUAGUCAGAGAAAAGCAAGGACCCAUGAAGAAACCUGAAAAGGUUAUAACUUUGGAGAAAACCGAAGAAAGCGUAGAGGAUACUGUUAUGGAAAUCAAAAAGAUAAUUUAUCGUUAUCAAAGGCAACAUAAGAAACCCCUGGAUUUUUUUGCUUUAGUACUUCACCCAACUGAUUUCGGAAAAACUAUCGAGAAUAUAUUACAUACCUCUUUUCUUGUUAAAGAUUGCUUCAUCAAAUUCACUAUGGAUGAAGAUGGAGUUCCCCAAGUGUAUACAAUUAGGUCGGAAGAAACAGAAAAAGCGAAAGAAGAUAAGACGACUAAGAAUAUUCAAAAUGUGCUUUCUCUGAGUAUGAAAGAGUGGAAAGCUCUAGUUGAAGCUUAUGAUAUUAAGGAACCAAUGAUUAACAUAACUGCUGCAAAUGCAAGCAAAAAGUAAUUGUCAAGAUUGAGAUCCAGAAGUACAAUCAGUAUUGCAGAAUCAAAUGGUACCAUUACCUUAAAGUUUAAUAACUAUUUUAGUUAAAAGUUAGGCUAGACAAUUAAUUAACUAAACAAAAGAAAAAAUGUUGUAUGUAAACAGACGGGAACAAUCUAUUUUUCUACCGUUAGACAGUGUUAGACAAUAAAAAAAAAUUGUGGCUUCGUUUUCAAGAUUUUUUAUGACUUAUGAUGAAAUAAAGUUAAAGUAAAAAAAA